AUGAACGCUCUCAGAUCACGAUCUGCUCUUCCUCGACCUGCUCGGUUGUUGAGCUCCUCUCGAGCGACUGCUCUUCAACGUCGAGGUUACGCAGCGAAGGAAGUACACUUUGGUAAUGAUGCCAGACAAGGCAUGCUGAGAGGUGUCGAUAUCCUCGCCAAGGCUGUUUCUGCGACUCUCGGACCAAAGGGAAGAACAGUGAUCAUUGGACAAAGCUUUGGCGGACCUAAGAUUACCAAGGAUGGUGUUUCCGUCGCAAAGGCCAUCACCCUUAAAGACCCAGUCGAGAACCUCGGAGCCAAACUUGUUCAAGAUGUUGCAUCCAAGACGAACGACACCGCCGGAGAUGGAACGACCACCGCCACUGUCCUUGCUAGAGCCAUCUACAGUGAAGGUGUGAAGAACGUUGCGGCCGGCUGUAACCCUAUGGACCUGAGACGUGGGGCUCAAAAGGCGGUAGACAAAAUCUUAGAGGUCUUGGAAAGUCAGAAGAGGUCAAUCACAACCAGCGAGGAGAUCGCUCAGGUCGCUACCAUCUCUGCCAAUGGUGAUGCGCACGUUGGAGGCAUCAUCGCUCAAGCUAUGGAGAAAGUCGGCAAGGAAGGUGUCAUUACCGUCAAAGAGGGCCGAACGAUCGAAGACGAGAUUGAGAUCACUGAGGGAAUGCGAUUUGACCGUGGAUUCUUGUCCCCUUACAUGAUCACCGACACCAAAAAUCAACGAGUAGAAUUCGAAAAGCCAUUCAUUCUCUUGUCCGAGAAGAAGAUCUCUGCUCUCCAGGACAUUCUCCCGGCCUUGGAAAUCGCUGCUCAGACCCGUCGACCUCUGCUCAUCAUCGCUGAGGAUGUCGACGGAGAGGCUCUCGCCGCUAUCAUUCUCAACAAACUCCGUGGACAAGUCCAAGUGGCAGCUUGCAAAGCCCCUGGAUUCGGUGACAACCGAAAGUCCAUCCUUGGAGACAUUGCCAUCUUGACUGGAGGUACCGUCUUUACGGAUGAACUUGAUAUCAAGGUCGACAAAGCCACCCCUGAUCUCUUUGGAACUACUGGGUCUGUCGUCCUCACCAAGGAGGACACUAUCAUCUUGAACGGAGAAGGAGACAAGGCCGCCAUUCAGGAUCGGUUGGAGCAGAUCAGAGGCGUCAUCAAUGACUCCACCACUUCCGAUUACGACAAGACCAAGCUUCAGGAACGAUUAGCCAAGCUUGGUGGAGGUGUCGCCGUGAUCAAGGUCGGGGGAAGCAGUGAAGUUGAAGUUGGAGAGAAGAAGGACAGAUAUGACGACGCUUUGAACGCUACUCGAGCUGCCGUCGAGGAGGGUAUUGUCCCAGGAGGUGGAACCGCUUUGCUGAAAGCAUCUGCCCACCUUGACUCAUUGAACGUGGAUAACUUUGACCAGAAGCUCGGAGUCUCCAUCAUUCGUCAAGCUAUCACCCGCCCAGCGAGGACGAUCGUCGAGAACGCAGAGUAUGGAACCCCUGAAAAGUUCAACUGGGGAUACGAUGCUCAAACAUCCCAAUACCGCGAUAUGAUCUCUGCCGGUAUCCUGGACCCAUUCAAGGUCGUCCGGACGGCUUUGGUCGACGCUUCGGGAGUCGCCAGUCUCUUGACUACGAGUGAAGCUUGUGUCGUCGACGCUCCUGAGGAGAAGGGUGCGGGUGGCAUGCCAGGUAUGGGAGGAAUGGGUGGUAUGCCCGGUAUGGGAAUGAUGUAA